AUGAGUUAUAAUUUAUUAAUGCAAUAUAUAAGAGAAACAAUACAAGGAAAAGAGACUUUGAUAUAUUAUUGGAACUAAGUAAGAUUUAAAAGCACUUCUUCCAGAUUCUACCUUUAAUCUAUAAGAAUUAGAAGAAAACAAAUUUGGAAUUAAGGGAUUCCAUAUGGAUAUGUGGGUCUCUUUAAUUUAGGAGCUACUUGUUAAAUAAACUCACUCCUUUAAUAACUAUUUAUAGAUUUCUAAUUUAGAAAGCGUAUAUUAGAUUAUUAAAUUUGGAUUCCAAAAGAUACGUGCGAAUCUAUUAUUCUCUAGAUUCCUUCUUAAUUGAAGAAUCUAUUAUGAAAUUGAGUUUCAGUUAUAAUUAGUUUUUAUUCAAAUAUAAGAAGAUGUUAAUUACUAUAGGAAUCUAAGCUAAUUAUUAAGACACUUAAAGGAUUUGAUGGAUAGUAGAUUAAUUCUUAAUUCUUAUAUUUAAGAAGAUUGUUAUGAAUUUUGUAAUUUGUUCACUAGAAAAUUAAAAUCAAAUAUGAAACACACUACAACAUAAUUUAACGGUGCUUGGUAAAUGAAAUCUAUCAUCAGAUUGUUAUUUUCAGAAAGAGACAGAAGAACUAUUUCUAAUAGUUGAUUAAUAUAAAAAUUAGUAGUAAUUAUUCGGAGCAUUAGAUUUAUCUUAAUUCAGAUGUUUUGGAUGGGGAAAAUUAAUAUUUUUGAGAUGAAGGAUUAUGUAAAAUUGACUCUUGAAAAAAGAUGUUAAACAUUAUUUGUUUAAUAAUCAUUUUUUUUUCAUUUUUAUUUGAUUAUACUUCUAACAAUUACCUCGAUUUUUAUUUUCCAUUUAUAAUUAUUUGAGUUUGAUAUAAUUAGAAAUUCUCAUGAUAAAAUUAUGUGA